AUGCCGGCCCUCUUUACCAUCCGACUGAAAGCCCUCGCCGACAUCUUAGCACCGUUACCACCUCAGAAAGGAAAGCCUCAGGCCUCAUUUUCGGGGUGGAAGCUGGAGCUCUUGGCAUGCUUGCCUCUUCCCCAAUGGCCCUUGGGAGUGUCUGUCAACACAUUACUGGCCAUCUAUGGGGGAGUGAUGAAGGCAACCAUGAUCUACGUCGUCGGAUCUUGCGUCGCCCAGCUCCAGUGGUCAUGGUUCUCGUCUGAACGGCCUCUUAUCGACCUUUCUCGGCUUGCAGACCUAUCUCAUGGAGAUAUCCCUGGAGCGUUCCGCUGGCUCUGGUCGAAUCAUAUCCGACAGCCGUUGAUCACCCUUGGCGCAGUCGUCGUCAUCGCCUCUAUCGCCCUCGAGCCGUUCAUACAGCAGCUUACCUCGUAUGUCGACUGCAGCGUCCCGCUGGAAAACCUCCGGGUUGCUCCAAGCAUGCCACGGACGAACUACAUCGUUCAAAGGAGUGGUGUGUCCUCCGCUAUGAGUGGAGAUCCGGAAAUUGCCCAGGCCAUCUUGUCGGGCCUCGUCGGCAGUCCUGAUACUCUCGCCAGUACCGGGUGUACGACAGGAAACUGCACCUUCUCGACUCCCUACACGAGCGCUGGCAUCUGCUCAACAUGUGAAGACGUGUCCAGCAACGUAACUAUUACGAAGACUUGCAGACGGGAGAAUGGCUCUGUCGUGGACUGCGCCAACGCAACGUACCAAGAGAGCGUGGUUUGGGCCGAUCGCGUCACCUCAGUCCCCUUUGAUAGCUACGGGUUGACGAAUGUUAGCUGGACUCCGAUGCGGGCCGAAUCCCAGCUCUUCCGCGUAGACACCAGGCUCUAUCCGCAAUGGCGAAGAUUCGUCAUAUGGGGGAUCGAGCUUGUCUGGGGGCAGACGACGUACUCACAAGCAAAGGUCAACCCUUUGACCAUGGAGCCUUUGCAAGGCUGUGAGGACUCGUCAACCAACAAUACAUGGCCUUGUAGAGGCUACGGAUCAGCAAACUGCACACUGCGGUUCUGCACUCGCACAUACAAGGCAUCUGUCGAAGCCGGUGUUCUGGUGGAGAAGGUCAUCGAGGAAAGCCCAUCAUCUAUGGAGGAACUGGUGAACCCGCCGGAGACACUGGCAGGCGCGGACACCCUCGGUCUUCUCGAUCUCCAUUGUAUCAACGAUGUAGAGCUUCGGGAACUUCGCAAAAUUGGCUACAAUAUUUCCUCGGCAUCGCCCCGGUGGGCGGCAUACGCUGUCGACAGUGAUUUAUUCCAGCUUGGCGGCGACAAGUACAACGAUAUCGGCCCCGAUUCACCAUUCCCUCAAUCACUAUUGAGCCACCGGUGCCUCUACAUGAUGAGCCACGCAAUCCAGACGAACUGGUUCUACGUCGCAGCCGCCCUCAGCGGAAACGUCUCAACUGGCUGUAUCCAGAACGACUGUUCCACUGUUGGCCCCAAGGUGCGGCCAAAUGUUCAGCCAUUUUCAUCCCUGUCCGGUGAGGGUGGACCGGUCUUACUCUACAACAACUCCAAGGUCGACAUUGACGAUCUCUCUGCUAAGUUCUCCCAUGUAGCCACGCACAUGACGACAAUGCUGCGUCAAACAGGAAACGUGAACCACAGCGCACCGGCCAAAGGGGAGGAAUUCCACUAUGCGACGUGCAUAAACGUCCACUGGCUCUGGAUCAUACUUCCUUCAGUCAUAGCCGGCUUCGUCGUGGCGUUGCUCAUUACCGUUGCCCUGUUAACGGCCUACGACGGGACGCCCUUGUGGAAGGCAGACGUCCUGGCUCUCAUAUUCCAUGGUCCAGGUGGGGUUGGUUGGAGCGGUAUGCCUGUGUCGGAUGUGGAUGGGGACAAGGAGUUGUCCAAACUGAACACGAGUCAAGGGAUGGAGCGGAGAGCACGAGAGAUCAAGGUUAGGCUUGACCAGUCUUCAGACUUGGUGCAACUCUUGGAAGCCAGGGAAAUAGAUUAG